AUGGCUGGAUUGUGGCAGCAGCUCGGCUCCCUGCGGCAGGGUCGAGCUCUGGCUCUCCUCCACCUUAUCGGGCUUCUCUACCCACCUUUGGGUGCUCUUCCCUGGGAUACCAAAGCCGGCAAACCACCUCUGGAGGGUUUUCAUGUGGUGAAGGGGAAUUUCUCUAGGACUUUCCUUCGCAUUGGCUACCAUAAGAUUGCAGAGAUUCCUGCAGGAGCGCGUAACAUCAGCAUACGGGAGACAAUAAAAAGCCGAAAUUACCUGGCUCUGCAGACCCAAAGCAGUGUCUCCAUCAUCAAUGGCAACUGGGUGAUUGACAGGCCGGGCAUCUUCACUGCUGUGGGAACACAGCUGACGUACCAACGACCCAAUGAAAUCCGCUCUCGCAAUGGGGAGUCUAUCACUGCACCCGGGCCACUGACUGAGGACCUGCAUGUUUAUUUGAUCUACCAACAACCAGGUCCCAGUGUAUACUAUGAAUACACUGUCCCUUUACGAAACACACACCCAACUCCUGAGCCAGGUACACCUUCUGAUAUUCUGCCCCUGGUUGAGACAGUUGGCCCAUCCCACUCUGGUGAGAAGGACCACCAAGGUGGCACCACCAACAAUGAUAUCACCAAAGAGAAACCCCACCCUAACCAGGUUCCCUCUGACCCCAGCAAGAAAUCUGACCCUCAGCCCACCUACACCUGGACAAAGAGGAGGCACACAGAGUGCAGCGCGACCUGUGGUACUGGCAGGCGUCAGGUAUUCUGGGAGUGCGUUGAGGAAGAUUCCCAGGCGACUGUUCCUGCUGACCUCUGUGACCCUGCUCUUGAACCAACAAACCGGGAAGAAGACUGCAACACCCAGUCUUGUCCUGCAUACUGGGAUGUGGGGGAGUGGUCAGAGUGCAGCAGGAGGUGUGGACCUGGCACUCAGCACCGCCAGGUCAUCUGCCGCCACGUCACUCAUGUUCACACCAAUGGGACUGAGACCUCGGUUACCGUGGCACAAGAGCUGUGUGGGUCGCACGAUAGGCCGGUGACCAAAGCUAUAUGUCAGCUAAAGAUUUGCAGCCAGUGGGAGAUCCGAUCUGAAUGGAGCCCGUGCUCAGUGCCAUGUGGAGUGGGCCAGCGCAGCAGGGAGGUGGUGUGUGUGAGCAACCAGGGUGAUGUGGAGGAGGAUAAGGAGUGCAACAUGAACCUAAAGCCAGACACACUACAGAACUGUGACAUGGGAGCCUGUGCACGCAGCUGGUUCACCUCCGUCUGGAGCCAACGGUGCUCUGCAGAGUGUGGUCAAGGCAAUCGAACCCGGAUGGCAGUAUGUCUGAUAGAUCAUGUGACUGAUCUCCCAUUGGACAGCUGUGAAGAGGAACGCCCCUCAGAAGUGACACUGUGUGACUCAGGCCCCUGUGACAACCGCCUGGAGUGGUUUACCGGACCCUGGAGUCAGUGUUCUGCAGAGUGUGGGAAUGGCACACAGACCCGGAGUGUGGCUUGUAUUCUCAACAACGAUGGCCGUAUGGAGGCUGUGGACCAGUUAAAAUGUUCCAGUCUCCCUCAGCCAAUCACAUCUCAGCCCUGCAGACUGAAGCCAUGUGGUGUCCAGUGGUACGUCACAGAGUGGAGUGCAUGCUCGCGCAUCUGCAGUGGUGGCUACCGUGUGCGUGAGGUGCGUUGUCUUGCUGAUAACAUCACCCCAAGCGACCGCUGUGACCCCAGUUUGAUCCCAGAGAGCCGAGAGGAAUGCAACAAACAAGCUUGUGUCGCUGAGAUCAAUCCAUCGUGUAGCGACCAGUAUCAUAACUGUGUGGUGGUGGUUCAAGCCCGACUCUGUGUUUACCCUUACUACAGAAGUGUCUGCUGCGCCUCCUGCUCCCGUGCCCAGAAAACAUACCCCAACUCAUUUCAAAAGAACUACAUCCGCAGGUGAUGCUGCCACAGGAAAAGUCCACUUCAUCUAGCUCUGUUUGGAGAGCACUUCAGUAUGAGGGAAUGUAGAGCAUGGUAUAUUAAUAAUAAUGAUAAACUUUAUUUAUAUUGCACCAUCCAUGCAUAAAAUACAACUCAAAGUGCUUCACAUAAAAGCAGAUAACCAUAACAUUUAGAUAACAAUAAUAAUAUUCAGUCACUCAGCCUGCAACAGAUUAACUGACCAGGUAAUCUGCUGCUUUUCUCUGUUUUGUGCACUUGGCCAUAAACACUGUUGGAGUAAGAUCCUGUUUCAUUUGACUGGAUGAAGAAUAUUUUCUUCAUCUCGUGACACACACCACAAACACAUACAUCUGUGAGAAUAUCAGUAUGUUGAGGUUUAGAGUUUUCAUUCUCAAUGUAACUUUAACACAGACUGGUCACACUGGGUGAUGUACUUACAUAUAUAUUUAUUCUUAAUAAAGGGUG